ACUAACUAAAUCGUCAAAGCUAUUGGCCGGGGGUUCCACAAGCUUCCCCCCUCCCCCCCCGGCGCCCCCCAGCCCAUCCCCCCCAACCGCCCAUCUCCCCCAACCCCCUCGUCGCCUUGAUAUCACCGCGUACACGUCAGCGUGAUAUCCAUAUGCAGAUUGGAGGUCGGCUGUUUGCUCGAGCAUGUUGAAGGGCUGGCAAUCGUGUGGAGACAUUGGUCUUUUUUGGGCCAUGUCGAGAAAGAUGAUGAAAGGCGGCGCAUCGAGUUAUGCUCAUCCCAUUCCCUUGGCUUGCUUAAGACGUACGGAGAAAGCCACAGCGUUCAAGUAGAGACAGACCUCUAUCAUGCUGUCCUGCCCGCCUUCCGUCCGGCCGUGUGGCCGACGAUCGAGCUGUAAUGCAAUUAGGCAAUGGUAUAGGGCUCUCUCCUCCGAGCAAAAGCUGUACGAGUAAAGGGAAAAAGGAGGAGGAGGAGGAGGAGGAGGAGGAGGACAAGAAGAAGGAGCAGGAGGAGGAGGAGGACAAGAAGGAGCAGGAGGAGGAGGAGAACGACGGGUAGGAAGAAAGGCCGAGGGGGAGGAGGAGGAGUGAAGGAAGGGGCUGAGGGCAAGGACAAGAAGGAGGAGGAGGAGGAGAGGGUAGCGAGGGAAAGUCAAGAAGAAGAAAGGGGGGGGGGAGGAGGAGGAGGGUAGCGAGGGAAAGUAGUAGAAGGAGGAGGAGGAGGAGGAGGAGGAAGAGGAAGAGGGAGAGGAAGAGGGUGGUGAGGGAAAGUUGAUUGGGUCGGGACGAGAGUGGAUAACAUCAUGGCGUCAUCUUAUUUAUGCCACGUGGCGCCUCGACAUCUACUUAUUGGCGAAAGAUUGGCUUCGGUUUGCGAUAGUUCUCGACGUGCUGACUGUGGUGAUGGUGGGGAAAACCGGCUCGGCGCGCUUUGUGUAUCAUGCUUGAGAGAAAAUGGCUUGGCAUCGACGAGGAGGAGUAGGAGGAGGAUGGCGACGGAUGCUUCGUCAUCGCGAUGGAGGCGAACGGGAUCGGGGCGCUUUGAAAACCGGUCAUGGCAGAGCGAGGAGAAGGGGAAAAGGCGGGAACUGCAGAUGGCGCGCAAUGACGACGAUGCUGUUUCCCGCCACUUAGAAACGACAAAGAAGGCUUUGGCGGGAGAAGGGGAUGGUCUUUUGGCGGGAAACGCCUCACCGCCGCGCAAAUCGGGUAUAUAUGGGGUGCCGCGGAUGCCGUACAGACUUUGGCGCCAGCAAACACGUGGGGAGUUCUGGCAGCGCAGGAUCUUGUCUUACGUGGCAUAUCGUAUGGAUAAACAUAUGGAUAAACACAGGAUGAUGACGGGUGUUUCCCGCGCUUCUAGCGCUGACAUGGGCAAUACGAUGGGUUACGUGCAGGCAGAGGUCAGCGGCAGCAAUGAAGGGGGGCUGUCGGCGGCGGCGGACGAUACUUCUACGAGUAAUCCCGGUGCCGCUUCUUCCUACUCCUCCUCCUCCUCCUCCUCCUCCUCCUCCUCCUUCUCCUCCUCCUUAGCCGGGACCCCGACUACUGCGCUGGGUAUCGAUGACACCAGCGACGUGCGUCCCGGCGCAGCACUUGCGAAUGAGACACACAGGGAUCCCGGCGGAAAGAAGAUCGCCUCCCCCCCGCCCAGUAAAGCCAUCUCCUCAAGCGCGAUCUUCGGCGCCGCCAGCGCAGCGGUGAUCGGCGCGGUGGCCGUUGCGCUGUUUCUGCGUGCCAAUUCCGCAGCCUUUGCCGCCAACUCCUGGAUCGCGCUCUUAUCCCGAUCCGGAUUUGCAGCCGCGUUCUCGCUGAUCUUCGUCUCCGAGAUCGGCGACAAAACGUUUUUCAUCGCCGCCCUGCUGGCCAUGCGGCAUUCCCGCUGGCCGGUCUUGAUUGGCGCGUCCGGCGCGCUGGGUUUGAUGACCAUCAUAUCCGUGGCCAUUGGCAGAUUGUUCCAUAAAGUCCCAUCGAGCUUUCACACGACGGUCCCGAUCGGGGAGUAUCUUGCGGUCGCGUUGCUGAUCUGGUUCGGCCUGAAGUCGAUCAAGGAUGCGUGGGAUAUGCCAUCACCGGUGCCUGCCGCGGGCCAAGUUCCGGAUAUGGUGGACUCGGGGGAGGCGGGGGAGGGGAGGACUGUAGGAGGAGGAGGAGGAGGAGGAGGAGAACUAGAAGAAGCGGAGGAGUUCUUGAAUACGCGCAAGGAGAGUGUGCAAAGGUUCGACGGGCCUUUUGGCGUGCUAUUAGAAGCCUUCUGCUUGGUAUUUGUGGCGGAAUGGGGGGACAGGUCCAUGCUGGCAACCAUAGCCUUGGGUGCCGCUCAGUCGCCGGUCGGGGUCGCGGUCGGGGCGACGCUUGGACACAUUGUCGCGACGGGUAUUGCGGUGGUCGGAGGUGGGAUCUUGGCCAAUUACAUCUCCGAGAAGUUGGUCAGCUACAUUGGCGGUGUAUUGUUCCUUGUAUUUGCGGCAGCAACCGUCGUCGGGGUAUUCUAAGGGGAGAGAGGGAUUUUGAAAAACAAAUCCGCGCUGCCUGUAUGUAGUACGAGUUUGUAGUGGUGAUUUUCGUUGUUUUGAAACGACUUCCCCUGGGGCAGCCGGCCGCAUGUUCUAAGGUGAACGGCAAGCAUGGAAGAGGGUGGAGGAGUUGUAGGUGGUCCAAAUAGGUAGAGGGCCCUGUAUUCAGAAUGAGAGGAGCGUAGGAGUGGAUAUGUAUAUGCCUGUAUUUCAGCAAUUCUCGUGCCGAGGGGUGUGUGUGUGUGUGUGUGUGUGUGUGUGUGAGAGAGAGAGAGAGAGAGAGAGAGAGAGAGAGUG